AUGCCUCCGCUUCGUCGCUGGCCGGCGCUGCUGCGGAUCCGGCCGCCUUACCCUUAUCUGCCCUUGGCUGUGGCCCCUUCUGCUGCUACUAGCUUGCAGGUUGUGUCGCUGGGCCGUGAUCCUCCUGCUUCGCCUGAUGCUUUGGAGGACGCUCUUUUCGCACUGACCCAGCUUCACAACGACCUUCAAGGCGCCGACCGCCGGCUGGCGUUGGGGCGACUGGAGUUGGUCUCGGGGUGGCUGCGAUCCGAUGCGUCCGUGAGGCCUGGAUGGAGCCAGGCCGUGGCAGCCUCCGAGGAGGGUAAGCAGGCUGCUGACCUGGCCGUGGCCGCCCGCGAGGUGGCGUUGAAGGAUGCCGAGGCUGCCAAGGAGCACUGCCGGGUGGUGGAGGCCGAGCUGGAGACCCUGCGCAACGAGCGCGCCGUCGAGGCUCGUCAACGCGAGGCGUGGGAGGGGAAGCUGAAGGCUCGAGAAGACGCGGUCGCCGGUUGUGACACCGAGCUGGAGCAAUCGACACGGGCGCAGGCCAUGGAGCGCGGCCGGCUGGAGAACCUGAAGGAGGAGGUGGAGGCGGAGAAGGCCCAGCUGAAAGCCAAGGCAAAGGUUCUUGCCGAAGAACGUGACGCCUUCAACUCUCUUGAGCUGAGGUCCCGCAAGGCACUGCGGGAACUAUACGGGAGGGGUUUGAAGAAGCCGUUGGUGACUGCUAAGGAAGACCCCGCCGAGCUACUCCCCCAGCUUGUCACAACUCCCGAGGGCAUUGUCAAUGGGGUCGGCCGCAUGGUGGAGGGGCAAGCCCGCGCGCUCUCCGCUUCGGCUAUGACGCGCGUCUUCAGCCACCUCCAUCUUCGUGACCCGAGCGUCGACCUUGGAGUUCUGCUUGAGCCUGUGGACGAGGAGCAUUGCAUAGCCACUGCUGAAGCCGUGAAUGACCGGGUGGAGACCCUGCUGGAGAAGUUCCUCGCCAUCGACCCUGCGCCUCCGGCCGGUGGUACCGCCGACCCUACGGCUGCGGUUGACGGCACGGCCGAUGGCGAAGUUGUCGACGAAGGGGCGCUCCUUGUGGGCAACGACAGCGCCCAAGGCUGA